UCUAUAUAUAUUUUAUAGGGGGAUGAAAAAGUUGGAAAAAGAUAAAAAUAAAACGGACAAUAAGAUGAAUUCAACUUGACCAUUGUAAUUCAUUAAAAAAGAACUGAUAUAUGCAACGAGAUAUAUGCAAUAAUAAAAUCAUAUAAUGAGUGUCGAAUUGCAUCCUAAAUAACGAAUUUAAAGAAGAAAAGUUUCACAAGAUUCAAAGUGCAGCUCAAAGAUACAGGCUCACAUCGGUCAUGCGAGCGACAAACGUUAUUGUAGAAUAUAAGUGCAUAGUUAACGGAAAGCCUAUAACAUGAUACACUCUUUUUUCGAGGAGAAUGAUGCUUGGUGUUAUUGGGUUGUUUCGGUCGGCGCCCUGUUGUCAUUUCUUGGCCUCAUUGCUGCCUGUAUUUGUAGCUGUCGACGGAAUGAAAACAAGAAUGAGUUUUUGGGACUUGCUGGAAUGGUAACACUAAAUAAUUCUGAAACAGAUGGUUUUAACAGAAUUCCAACAUUGAAUGUAUCUCAAGUUGUUACUCAAGAUAUCAUUGAUGGUGCAAAAAGAACUACAACAGGUGCCAACAGAAGUCUUCCAGAUAUUCCAAAAGAUAAAAGCAAAGAACAUGAAGAUGUAGUGAGUUCUAUAUCACCAGGUAUUUAUGAAAUUACUGAGACUAUGCGAGAUCAUUCAGAAUUAUAUGCUACUGUCCAGGAUGCAGUACAAGAACAGAUAUCUGAAAGAGAGACACAAGAAAUAAAUCAGCAAAAUUCUUUGAUACAAGAUGCGUCUCAUCAAUAUGCAAGAUUUACAUCUCUCUCUGAUAAUAUUGAACACCCUUAUGCACAACUUCAAAAUUUCCAGAAGACUGAGGUUAAUCAAGUAAAUAGAAAUAACGUUAAUCAAGUUACGAAUAAUGAAAAUUCGUCAACAUCCACGAGUCAAUUGGGCGGAAAUCCGAUUGCGCCGCCACGAACUCGCCGAUCGUCCUCACACAAUUCGCUUCUUAAUUCUGAAUUGCACUCCGAUAUUCAAGCUGCUAACGCUAUCUCUGGUAGUAUACAGGCUAAUCAAGACUUACCUUAUAUGACGCCGCCCCUCUUAAUAUUACUGCCGCACUCAUCACAAUCCCAACAUAAUAGUGUGCAACAGCACUUCAGUGGAGACUCCCAGGAUUCAAAAGGAUAUACAAGCAUAAGCGUGAGGGAACCAUUAGCCAAUAUAAUUGCACAAACUAAAGCAACUUAUAGACCAAAUCAAUCUACUCGACCAAUUAUCGAUUCUCAUUAUACCACUGUUUCUGAUGAUUCUGAUGAAAUGUAUGCAGCGAUAGAUGAACAAGAUAAAGUAUAUACUAGUGGCAGUGAGACAUAUGCGCAAAUUCAACCGAUGAUGUCAGAGGUUCAAAGACAUGCACAAAAUGAGCAAACGACGUUUUCUCAGCCCCUUUUGCGCACAGAAGAGACAUAUCCUGCGCCACAACCGCCAAGUGUUGAUAGUUUACGUUAUGUUGCACAUGCUCAUUCCAGACAAGCAUCAUCGUCGAGUGCCAAUAGUUCCAUAAUUAUUAAUCCUGGAUCUCCUAAACCCGAAAAACGUCAAGCAAAUUCUCCUCUACCACCACCGCCUGAAACAACUGCGGAGGGAUACGCGAUUGUUGAUAAAAAAAAUAAAGGCGAUGACAGAUCGAGAUCUUCAUUAUCAAUGGGUAAAUCGCUUGAAGAUAUGUACGCAAAAGUGAUGAAGAAAAGAAAGGAAGUAGAAGAGCAGCAAAACGAUACUCAUUCGAAUUCUAAUAACCUUCUACAUUCUGAAGCAAAUAGUUAUAGAAAAUUGAGUCUUGAAGUUAGCCGGGCAUCAUGGUGCAGUCAUGAAUCUGUGGAAAUACAGAAGAAGGAACCUGACCUCACUUAUUAUUCUGUUACAAGCAAUAACAAGAGCAACUUUCAUGUUGACAAUGACAAUAACACUUUGAGAUUACCUAAAGUCGACACAGACGCAGUUCACUCAAAGAUUGAUCAUGAAUACGAGACCGUUAAUUCUAACAGUAGUAAGAGAAACUCUAUCGUAAGAGGUGACACACAUUCUGAUUCAAGCUACAACAUGUUGCGUUCACAAUGUUCGCGAGAUAUUGAUUUUCAGAACACUUCGAAAAAUAGCACGGAUGUAUACUCGGCUUCAUUUAAGCACAGACAAAUAAGCAAUGCCAGUAGUGAAGAUCCUGGAUAUGAAAAGGUGCGUUUGCGACGGCGAGUUGAGUUAGAUCAGGACACAGAUUCGGAACCAAAUUACGAAAGCAUGCCACAUGAUACGGUUGAACCGAAUUAUGCGUCUGUCUGUCAACCUAGUGACAGUGAUACAGACCCGAAUUAUGAGUCUGUGAGUCACGGUGAUCCAAAUUACGAGAGUGUGAGGUAUAUGAGUGUCGUUCAAAAUAAGGAACCACCCUAUGAACAGGUGAAUAAUAUGUUGGACACAAACGCAGACGGUUAUGAGAAAAUAAAGGAUAAGAAGACGAGUGUCAAUUACAAAAACGUAGAUCUGAAUCUUUCCUUGGAACAAAUCAACAACAGGGGAGAUACCGAUGAUGGACAGUACAUUCAGGUGUAGCAUUCUGAUUUUGUUCAGCGAUGAAGUGUAUUGUUAUCGAAUUAUUUAAUAUUUUUCCUCUACACAUUUCAAACUUUGCUGGAACUGAAAAAGAAAACUAAAUUUAACUUCGUAUCUUGCGAUUUAAUGACCCCUAAUGUAUAAAUGCAUCAAGUUACAUCGAUAGCAAUAAAAUAAUGAGAAUAAGACUGAAAAAGACAGACAGUGAGAAUAAGUUUACGAAUAAAAAGCAAAAUUAUUUUAAUUUGAUGCAUUCUUGAAAUGAGUAAAUUGAGCCACUAUUUAAAAAGUUACUAAUAAGUCAAAAUAAACUCUUCUAAUGUGAAA